AUGGAGAAUCAUGUAAGAUCCAGUUGUGGUUCUCCUGGUAUGGAGAAUCAUGUAAGAUCCAGUUGUGGUUCUCCUGGUAUGGAGAAUCAUGUAAGAUCCAGUUGUGGUUCUCCUGGUAUAGAGAAUCAUGUUAGAUCCAGUUGUGGUUCUCCUGGUAUGGAGAAUCAUGUACGAUCCAGUUGUGGUUCUCCUGGUAUGGAGAAUCAUGUACGAUCCAGUUGUGGUUCUCCUGGUAUGGAGAAUCAUGUAAGAUCCAGUUGUGGUUCUCCUGGUAUGGAGAAUCAUGUACGAUCCAGUUGUGGUUCUCCUGGUAUGGAGAAUCAUGUAAGAUCUAGUUGUGGUUCUCCUGGUAUGGAGAAUCAUGUAAGAUCCAGUUGUGGUUCUCCUGGUAUGGAGAAUCAUGUAAGAUCCAGUUGUGGUUCUCCUGGUAUGGAGAAUCAUGUAAGAUCCAGUUGUGGUUCUCCUUGUCUACACAUUGCUGUUAGAUUCAUGUGUAGUUCUUCUUGUGUACACAUUGCUGUAAGAUUCGUGUGUAGUUCUUCUUGUCUAAACAUUGCUCUAAGAUUCGUGUGUAGUUCUUCUUGUCUAAUAUUGCUGUUAGAUUAG